AUGGUUCGCAAACAAGACUUCCGGUUCCCCUUGACAAACUUAGGAGGUGCGGGGUAAGAACGGUGGAGAAAUCAAGAAGAAAUAACCUCUGGAGGCAGGGCGCGGCGGGCGUGAUUAUUUCAGAGCAGAGAAACCAGAAAGUCCUGUCAGCUUUAUCGCUACGUCAUUGGCAAUUUUGCACGGACAUGUGCCCCACCCCUCAGGCCCCUGAGCAUGGAAGUGCCUAAGCAGAACCGGAAGUGAGGAUAUCUUCAUUUUAUACGAUCUCUUUAGGAACCGUCCCGCGCGACAUCUUAAAGCCGGGCGGAAGUUACUGAUCGGCGGCUUCUCUCUCCCGCAUACGCAACAGCGUAAACAACAGCAGGCCUCAAUUCCCCCAGUUACUCUCAAAUGCCGUAAUAAGCAGCUGCUGAAAGAGGAGGAGCUAGGAGGGCGAGAAUGCGAGUGCGGAGGACUUAGUGCGGCUGCGCAGGUGAGUCCGCCUUUUUGUGGGAGGGGUGGGAUCCUGGGGACGGGGUCCUGGGUCUUGGUUCUCUCUGGGAAGCGGGAGGGCUGCUCGAGACUGAGCUCUGCCUUUUGGGGGACAGCAGUCUGCUCUCUCUUCUCCUGGCGCUUGGGAGGGAGGCGUCAGAGGGGAUCCUCAGAAAACCCUCAGAAGAGGAGUCGGAGCCCAGCCCAGCCCAGCCCACCUCCUCUUACCACUAAGGAGCCUUGCAUAUAGGCUCUUCCCUUCCCCCACCUUCCCCAUCAUAAGACACCAAGAGGGGAGGGGGUUGACUCUUGAGUUGAAGUGCCUCUUUCUAUGCUCAUCUUUUAGUGGGGCGGACCUUUCCUUUUAUUACGAUUUAUCAAAUUCGUAUACUGCCCUUCAUCCAAUGCCUUGCUUUUGCUUUGAGACACAUGCUUUGAGGAACAAAUAUGUAUGUUUGUCGAUGGUAACAACACUGGUACCAUUAAAGGCUAGCCCAUUUAUUAUGGCAUUGGGUUUUGUGGGCAGUAGUCCAUUUCCCUCAUAUACAUGAAGUGUUGUCCUAAGUUGCAGGUAGAUAUUUAUGUGGGUGGAAAUUGCAAUCUGUGGUCAGAAGGAAAUGCAAUGCAAAAAACAAAAAACGCCAAGUGAGAUAAUUGUUAUUUAUGUUAUUUGUGUGACCGCUCACAAGUAAGUUAGCAACCCAUACAAAUGGGUUGGUAAUGCAUGUAAUAUUUUAUACAUGUAGUAUUUUAAAAAUCCAUUUUCCCAUUCGUUCUACAAGUUGGUGUACUGUAAGUCAGUGAUAUAGCUUUGCAGACAAUUACAGUCACAGCCCAGUCUCUACAAAAAAGAAUAGAUGAGCACUAUUGCAAAUUAUUUCACUUGUUAGCUUAACCUGCCCACUCCCCUUUACUGGCCCUCCCUGCCCACACCUACAGCCUUGGCCGUGUGAGGCGGCUGCCUUGGACAACACAUCUUGAGUCCCAUUAAUAGGCAGCAAAGUGUCUGUUGUUCUAUUUUAUAAUUUUAUUUUAUAAUGUUACAAUUAUUAUUGUAGUCUUGCUGCCAGGAAGGAGGUGUUUGUAGGGUUUUCUGCCUCACGUGCCAAAAUAGCUUUGAUUGCCAUUGGCUGCAAUACACCCUGAUUGUAGUGAGGAGUACAUGCUGUGCACUGCUAUGUGCCGCUUGGCCACAGACAGUAAAAUAUCUUGGCCAACUCCUUACGUUUAUCAAUGUCCUUAGUUUGUAUUUAUUUUUGUCACUGUGAUAACAAAAUUUAUUUAUUUGUUAAUACAUUUGCCUUCCACCUUUCUUUCCAAGGAGCUCAAGGUGGUGUAGACCCUUUAUCUACAUACUCAGUGAGUUUCAUAACACAGUGGGGAUUUUAACCUGACUUUCCCAGAACCUAGUCCAAUGCUCUAAUAUCUCUCUUCUAACUUCUUGGACUGGUGUUUUGUUUUUUUUUAAACUUAUUAGCAGUACUUUUAUUGACAUCAAACAGUUAGUAUUUGACUUAGACGGCAAAUGUGUUCUCCAGAUUUCCCUGUAUUGCAUCUGUGCAUCUGUUCCUAAUCUAGGCGGCUCCUGCGUGUGGAGGAUUUGGUUUCUAUGAGGCGUUACAUGAUCUUGCUCUAAAUAUAAAAAAACUUUCUCUCUUUGGUUCAUUGUGACUGGCUGGUCAGGCUUGGGAAUCCCCUGCACAUUUUUAUGGGAUGAGCUGUACGCUGCCUUUUGCUACCUUGCUCAUGGGACUCCUGCUGACAAGAACCAUGGCCUGGACCUCGACUGGAAAGACACAUGCGGAACUGAUCAACAAUCUUUACAGUAAGUACAAUACAGAGCAAACAGAACCAAGGACCAGCAGCAGCCUGACGUUCAGGGCUCACCUCUAAAACAGCUGAUGAAAUGUUUGGAUACUGUCCAAAAUCCUCACUUAUUUUUAGCAUUGUUGACUUGACACCUAUUUCAUGGAGUGGAUGUCAGUGUGAAAACCUGUUUUAAAAUUCUACAUGCAUAUGAGUUUUAAGAUUCUGGGCUCGUGUCUGUCUGCUCCGCCUAUGUAUUCAGCUAUACAAGCAGCCACAAAUGAUGCAAUAGAGAAAUCCAUCCUAAGCAUCUAAUUUAAGAAAGGUUAUUCAGAGCAUGCAGAGGCUCAGCUCCCCUACAGCUGAGGCAGGUAGCCAUUUCUUCUAAUGAGUUUCUUUGGGAAUGCAAUAAUCCAUAAUUGUUAUCAUCCUCAGGCUGCCUGUCUUAGAUGGGAGCUUACUCAGACAGUACAGAAACCAGGAGAGUCAAUCUGCCAGUGGCUAUGAUGGCCAUAAAAAAGCAAAACAAUUAACUGGGAACCUUUCUGUAUUUGUCCAUCCAACGAUUGUUUAUUUUUUUUUAAAGAAAAUGAGUAUAUUUUGCAAGUUACAGCCCCGCCAUUGCACCUGUUUUUCCUUGGGCUCACCCAGGGCACAGCUGCAAUGUUAGGCCAAUUGUGUGGAUCUUUUCUGUGGAAUGGAUGAUAAUGUGUAAAUGACAUCCUAAGAGAGCACAGCAUAAUCUGUCCAGUUCUAGAGGUGAAAUCUUAAGUCAAGUUCAUUUCCCCAGUCACACUUUCCCAAGCUGUUUUAUUGAACGUCAAACCCAGCUUAAAGCACUGUCUCUGAGAACAGAUCUCUUUGUGUUUGGGUAUUUUUCGGUAAAGCCCUCAUAUGGAACAGGACUGGUCAGGGUUUAUUUUUACACAAAGCAAUUGCUUUUUCUCUUAUUUUACAUGAAGUGUAGCCAGAGACCUGAAUGUGAGCCUGUUCCCAAAUUGUCUAGAUGAGCUGAUUUCUAUUUUGCGGCUCAUGGGAACAGAGGGACCAAUUAUAAUCGGGGCCAAGGACGAGCAGAACCUCCCCUGCAUCCAAAUCCCAGCUUGCUAUUGCUGCUUAGGAUGGAAGGUAGGGAGGGUGGUCCAUUGGUGCUGCGCCAGUUCCUUGGGCCCCUUGGGGAAUUUGUGGGCUUUGGGUCUGAAACCUCUGUUGCCUUACUCCUAUAAUGCCCUAAUUGGGGGGGGGGCGUUUCUACUGGCUGCCUCUGCCAGGAGACCCACUGGCAGUAGUGUCCCACCAUCUCGGGUGGAGCUUGGGCUUGUUAUGUAAUGGAGCCACACCGCAAGCAAAGACGUGAUGCAUCCUAAACUGCCCACCUCUUAACACCAGAGGGUUAGGAUUGCAAACCUGUACCAGCUUUUCACAGGCAGUAAGCAGGGUGGUCUGCAUAUGUGGACUUAUUUGCAUGAACUGGGGCUGAGCAAUGUGGCUGGGUUUCAGCAUCAAAGGUUUAUUUGCUGAAUUUGGAGUCUAGAGCAAUAACCCCCUUUCCCUCUCCCUGGUGUGUUGCAUGCAUGUGUAUGGAUAGAUAGUGGAUACAAUGAGAGCCUAUGUGGUGUGGUGGUUAGAGUGUUGGACUAGGACCUGGGAGUAAAGGUAAAGGGACCCCUGACCAUUAGGUCCAGUCAUGACCGACUCUGGGUUUGCGGCGCUCAUCUCACUUUAUUGGCUGAGGGAGCUGGCGUACAACUUCCGGGUCAUGUGGCCAGCAUGACUAAGCCACUUCUGGCGAACCAGAGCAGUGCAUGGAAACGCCGUUUACACCUUCCCGCCGGAGUGGUUCCUAUUUAUCUACUUGCACCUUGACGUGCUUUUGAACUGCUAGGUUGGCAGGAGCAGGGACUGAACAACGGGAGCUCACCCCGUCACAGGGAUUCGAACUGCCGACCUUCUGAUCGGCAAGUCCUAGGCUCUGUGGUUUAACCCACAGCGCCACCUGCGUCCCUUGGACCUGGGAGACCAGGGUUCAAAUCCCCACUUGGCCAUGAAGCUCACUGGGUGACCUUAGGCUAGUCACUGUCUCAGCCUAACCUACCUCACAGGGCUGUUGUGGGGAUUAAAUGAGGAGGGGGAGACCCAUGUAUGCCACCUUGAGCUCCUUGGAGGAAAAAGCGGGAUAGAAAUGCAAUAAAUAAAUAAAAAAUUAAAAAACAGUGUAAAUUAGUACCUGUCUUUGGAUCACAGUGCAGUAAAAUUCAGUAUUGAACAACCUAAAAGUGAUACUAAAUAUAAAUAGUAAUAAAAAGUAUGCUGCUGUCAGCCUUAUUAUCCUCUCUCGUGUUUUUCUGUAGAAAAUGGUGUGAUUAAGUCUCAGCAAGUCCUUAAAGUGUUGUUGGCAACAGACAGAUCCCACUAUAUCAAGUAUUUUCCAUAUAUGGACUCUCCUCAGUCAAUCGGUAAGAAAUGUUGCUGUAGAUUGCAAUGUCAGUUAAAGGAAAUACUGCAUAUUUUAGAGACCGUAUUGUCCAUAGCAUUGUCUUUUGGGAACUCUCCAAAUCCUAGAAUCUAAAGUUGGGAGGGAUCUCAGAAGUCAUCUAGCCCAGCUUCUGCUUAGAUAUCUCCAGCUCACCACCUCCCAAGGCAGGACUGUUCUACCCUUGAGCCAUUAAGAAGCUUUCUUAACCCUUUCCCAGCAUCUGCUUCCCUGCCACUUCCACUUGCUGAUUCUAGUCCUGUUCUCUGGAGCAAAUCCCUGUGAACAAAUCUACUCCUUCUACAUGACGGCCCUUCAGAUAUCUGAAGGUGGCUGUCAGGUCUCCACUUAAUCUUCUCUAGGCUAAACGUACUCGGCUCUUUCAAGCAUUCUUCAUAGGGCAUGGUUUCCAGAUCUCUUAAUGGUCUUGGUCACCCUGCUCUGGACACCCCCCUAGUUUCUCAAUGUCUUCCUUAAAAUGUGGCAUCCAGAACAGGACUCUACCUCAGAUGCAGCCUGGCCAGUCUAGAAAGCAAGUGAAACCAUUAUUUCUUCUCAUCAGGACACUAUGGCUACUGUUCAGGCACUGGCUUUUUAGCAGCUGCAUCACACUACUAACUCAUUCAGCUUGUGCCAAGCCAGGUCUCCUCCACUCUAUCCUUGCACCUUCAUUUGUGUGUUUUGCACCUAAAUGCAGGACUUCGCCUUUAUCUCUGUCAAAUUCCAUCGUGUUAGUUUCAGCCCAGCGUUCUAGCAGCCCAAGAUCAUUUGAAGUCUUAAUUCUGUAAGACUGAGAGUUGUCCUUUGUUUAUGGGCUGCAAAAGUAAGCUCUGAAAACUAGCAAAGUGGACAAAAUAUUCUACAGAUAGUAUAUCAAACUGAAAGCUGGAAAUCCUUAGGUUUUUGAGUUGUGUAGGAAAACCGAAAGGGCGGAUUUGUGGUGAGAAACGUACAAAUCGCUAGAAAAUGCUCCAAUUGUUGUAGUUAUAACAUGAAAAGCAAACUUAUCCACAGCUUUCUUUCAGGGUACAAGGCAACCAUCAGUGCUCCUCACAUGGUAAGACAUACUUUUACAUCCAAUAAUAUACAGUAUAUGCAUUGAUAGCAUUCGGUGGUUCAGGAAGCACAAAGGCCAUGAACCAUCGCAGCUGCCUAAUGCCGAGUCAAUUCAUUGGUUCAUCUGGCCGAGCGCUGCUGAGCGCUGCUUUCUCUGGCUAGCGAUGGUGCUGGCUUUAGGCAAUCUUCUGUGGUCCUGUUGCCUGAGAUCCCCUGAAUUGGUGACGAUGGCAAAUUCUUUCUGCUAGGCAUUGGCUGAACAAUCCUGUGUGCUGCAGAUGCGCGUAAACAAACCCACCGGUUUUUGGGUGGUCCCAAACCCCUCAGAGCUUAGGACAGCUGUUCCUUGCUUCGUUCAGGAAUACAGGUUGCACUCGCUGCUGGCUGGCUAUCAGGUCAGAGAUGUCUUGCUCACCAUGGGGCAGAAGUAGAUAUCUUGGCCUACUGCUUGACAUCGCCUCCUUUAUCCUUUCUCAAGAGACAGCAUCUGCCUUCUUCAGUCUCAGGCCCUUCCCCUCCCUUUCCAUGACUGCUACUGAGGCUUUGAAGCCACCAAGAGGAGCUGGAAAACUUGCAGGUCCUCUCAGUCUCACCCCACCCCUUGCAUAUCAUCGAAGCUCCUUGGGAGCAGGCAGUCUAGUCGUUUCUUCUCCACACCUUGUGUGUGCCUCUAUUGCAAACUUUAACAUGCCUCGGAGAAAUUCCUCAGCUGAAAUAUCUGUGGGCGUCAACUUAGCAGAAGCAACCUCUAAAUCUUUAGUAAGACUGUGUAUCUUAACCAUCCUGCUUCUUGUUGCCUUUUGGCAAGGGGAUCGUGAAAGAUGCCGGUGUGGGAAGAGUGAAAUAUAGUUGCUUUCUCCCACAGCAUGCUCAUGCCCUUGAGUUACUGAAGGACCAGCUAGUGGAAGGAGCAAAGGCGUUAGAUGUCGGAUCAGGAAGUGGAUACCUCACAGCUUGCUUUGCAAGGAUGGUAAGCAGAAUGGAAAUUGAGAGGAAAUCCUUUUUUUUUCCUGUUUGGCUAAAAACGUCUACUUGUAAAGCUUACCUUCUUAAAGAACAGAUGAUCUUAUGCAUAUGUUUGGUGUUGCUUCUCUGUAGAGCAGGAUUUGACUGCUGAAAAUGAUUGAAUUUGGAUAAAUUGCAAGGGGUCUGCUAAAGUGAAUUUUAGUUUUAACACAAUUUUAACAAAAGCAACAAGAAACGCCUCUCUACAUAUAGAAUUCUGAAACUAUUCCUCCACUGUCCUGCGAAGUAAAUUGCCUAGCACUGGGGGGGGGGGGGGAAUAGAAUGAGGCUGCAGUCCUAUACACAGCUACUUGGGAGUAUGUCUCAUUAAUUCAACAUCACUUAGUUCUGAGCAGGCAUGCAUAGAAUUGUACUAUAAGAUUUUCCUCCAUUGGAAUUGGCCAAUUAGUAUAUUUAAUGAUCAUGUGGAACGCGGGACAGGUAAAAUUGUAGGAAUAACUGCAAAGGGACUGUUCAUUUUCAAGGUCAUUGGAAUUAUCCUUCUGUCAUUCUAAAACUGGAUGGAGAAAUAAUUGGAUAAAAAUUAUCAGGCAUUGCAAAAAAGGGAACCUCUCUGCUCUCUCAGAUAAUUUUGUUUGUAGUAGUAACACAGAUUUGAAGCACAUGUGGCAUCUCUUGACAGGUGGGUCCCACAGGGAAGGCAGUGGGAAUCGAACACAUUGAACAGCUGGUUCAUGAGUCCAUCAAAAACCUCAGAGAAGAUGAUCCCUCUUUGUUGAGUUCUGGCCGAGUGAAACUUCUAGGUGAGCAUCGGUAUCCUUUGCAAAUUUGAUGCUUUUGAAUUAUGGUGCUGGAGGAGACUCUUGAGAGUCCCAUGGGCUGCAAGAAGAACAAACCUAUCCAUUCUGAAGGAAAUCAGCCCUGAGUGCUCACUGGAAGGACAGAUCGUGAAGCUGAGGCUCCAAUACUUUGGCCACCUCAUGAGAAGAGAAGACUCCCUGGAAAAGACCCUGAUGUUGGGAAAGAUGGAGGGCACAAGGAGAAGAGGACAACAGAGGACGAGAUGGUUGGAUAGUGUUCUCGAAGCUACCAGCAUGAGUUUGAUCAAACUGCAGGAGGCAGUGGAAGACAGAAGUGCCUGGCGUGCUCUGGUCCAUGGGGUCACGAAGAGUUGGAAACGACUAAACAACAACAAAGCUAGAACCCCUUCACACUUGUGAAAACUUUACUUAGCAGGAACGGUUUCAGCCUAGCAAUAACCCUAAGAUUAGUUUCAUGAAAAUAAAUGAACAAGCUACUGCAGAGGAUUGCACAUUUAGAGCUAGUUUUCCGAGCCUGCAGUCUUAAGCACACUUACAUGGGAAUAAGCACUAUUGAGCGCAAUUCUUACUUCCAAGUAACCACACACAGGAUUGCAAUGUAGAAGUAUAUUUUUGUAAUGCAGUCUUCCCAGCCUGAAGCCCUCCAGACUACAACUCCCAUUGGUCCCGGUCACACGACCAUUGGUCAGGGAUAACGAGGAUUAUGGUCUGAAACAUCUGGAGAGCAACAGGUUGGGGGAAGCGAGAGUAAUGAUUUCUGAGCAUCUAAAAAGUAAUGGUAAAGGACCCCUGGACGGUUAAGUCCAGUCAAAGGCUACUAUGGGGUUGCGGUGCAGGAGCCAGUAUUUGUCCAUAGCUAGCUUUUCCGGGUCGUGGUCAGCAUGACUAAACUACUUCUGGCACAAUGGGAAACUGUGACGGGUGCCAGAGUGCAUGGAAAUGCCAUUUACCUUCUUGCCUUAGUGGUACCUAUUUAUCUACUUGCACUGGUGUGCUUUUGAACUGCUAGGUUGGCAGAAGCUGGGACAGAGCAAUGGAACCUCACCAACAUCACAUGGAUUCGAACCACCAACCUUCUGAUUGGCAAGCCCAAGAGGCUCAGUGGUUUAGACCACAGUGCCACCCACAUCUCUUUAGCUCUGCUUUCCCAAUUCCACCUAACCUUGGUAAUAUCAAAGAGCACAGUUCUCUUUUUUAGGUCUCUCACUAUGGUUAUUAUACUUCAUUUUGAUACCCCCAGUGCCAACAUAAUCUGCAUACAAGUCUUCCUUGCACGCAGAUGCCAAGUGAAAGGAAAGGCAAAGGAGAAGUGUAUAGGAGAAGCUGCCAUCUGAACAAGAACCUUCACUGCACAUUCUCUUUCUCUCUCCACAGUUGGGGAUGGCAGAAAGGGGUACCCCGAAGAAGCCCCUUACGAUGCCAUCCAUGUUGGAGCAGCUGCACCCACAGUGCCAAAGGAGGUAAGAGAGAAAGUUGCCUGUCUCUUUCCUCUCAGCUCUGGCUUGGAACCUUUUUGAAGCGGUUAAUUUACUAAGUCUAGAAGACUGUUGUGAAAAAAGUGUAACAAUAUGUUUCAGCUGUUAUCAUAAGGAAAGAGAACUAAAAUAGAACAGAGACAAUGUUUUACAUACUGAAAUCUCUGAUGGCCUGGAGAUUUGACCACGUUUCUAUUGACAUGAGGUGUAAGAAAAAUGGUUCACUCUUGGCAUUUCUCAGCACAUCACAAAGAGAGUGUUUAGGUAUAAAAGUGAGUAGCAGAUUUGUUGCCAUUUUUAAUUUUUAUUUUGGAAAUGGCUGCUUUUCAUGGACUACUUCAAGAGCUAGAGAACAGUGUUCAGUUUGUCUUUCUUCCCUUUUGUGUGUACGUGGAAACUGAAUUUCUCCAUUUUGUUUCUGUUUUGCCUUACUGCUCUUAUUGAUUCUUACUACUAGUUGCUGAAUGAGCUGAAACCUGGAGGACGACUAAUUCUGCCCGUAGGGCCAGAGGGUGGAAACCAGGUUUUGAUGCAGUAUGACAAAACCAAAGACGGGCAGAUUGUGGAAAAGCAGCUGAUGGGUGUGAUAUAUGUCCCUCUGACAGACAAAGAGAAACAGUGGCCUCGGUAAAUUAUUGAUAAGAACCUACCCUCUUGUGUUCCAACGCAUUGCUGGAUAAAAGUUCACUUUCCCCACAGUUACAGCACUACUAAAACGAGAAUCCCUAUCACAGGGUGUGUUUUAUUAGGCAAAGAUACUUAAGAUGCUGUGAGCAACUUCGUAGUGAAACCAUUUUUUAAAAACUGUGCAUUCUCUCAAAACAGAGAGUAAAUGUCUUGGGAAACAUACAGGGAGUGGGAACCUUUGUCCCAUGGACCAAAUGUGGCCUGGCCUGGGUCCAUUUGUCCCUUAAGUCCAUUUUUUUCCAGAUCACACCCACCGGUCAAACCAAAAAGUUUCCCCACCCCAAUACAGAGGUUCUUUUUAAGGCUAUGUAACGCUUUGAUUCCAGGCACUUUUGCAAGAAAGCCCAAUUGAACAAAGCUAAGCUUAUUUUUCAGUAAGUGUGUAGGCUUCUCACGGGCAUUCAGUUGUGAGAACAUGAUUCCAGACUAGAUGGGCCACUGACCUGAUCCAGCAGGCUCUUUUUAUGUGGAUUUGUUUGUUUAUUUAUUUAUUGUAUUUACCACCCACCUUUUUCUUCAAGGAGCUCAAGGUGGUCUUUAAUUUAAUCUCCAUAGCAGUGAGGCAGGUUAGACUGAGUAUUUAAAAAAUGAUAUUCAACUGCAGUUGGACAUAAUGGCUAACUGUGGUUUAAUUAAAGCAGGAUGUAAAUGCUAAUGAAGUGGGGAGGACAGGACACUGAACUAUGGCAAGCCAAGAGCUGAGUUUCCAAACCAGGUUAUUAUAGCUAUACUGUUAUUGGGCAAGAGAAAGCCAGUGUUUCCAUUAGCCCUUGUUCACAGGGAAAAUAUAAUACCAAGUAGUGAUUGUACUGUGCCUCGUGAUACAUGGGAUAAGGAAAACUCUAUUGCCUCUUGUAAACACAGGUGAAUAGGUAGAAUCUAUGUUAAAAAACCAGUCAGAAUGUAUAUUUAAAAGGCCCACAAACAUCAAGUUUGAAGGUCAAAACCUUGAAACAGGUCUAUAAUAUUUGGCCCAAGAAGAUCCAGCAUCUGCUGGGGGCAUUUAAUACAAAUGAUGCUAUUGACAUGAUCCUUCCCUGUGUGGAUGCUUUGCUUGCAUGCAGAGACAACACCCACAAAUGGGUAUUUAUUCCUUCUUCCAUAUGUAAAAAAAUGUUUUUAUAUCUGAAGUUUAGAAAAUCUACAUUCAUGUCACUUCCCAACAUUAAGGUCUUAUUUUUCUGAAUGAAGAGUAAAACUCCUGAAUCAAAUGAAUUGCAGAGCCAUCAUUUUCCUGGAGUGAUCAAGUCAUCAUAGAUAUUUGCUUGUUAACCAAAUGGCAUUUCCCUUUUUAUCUGUGAUUUCAUUAACUGCUUAUAUUACGGUCUCUACCACUUAGCUGUAUAUAUUAACUUUGAGAAAGCUCAAGGCAAGGAAUACCAUUUCACUUUGGGCAAUAUUUUCAUCUCUCCAGCUAAGUGCGAACACUUGAUUUUUGCGAAAAUAUAUUCAUGUAUGUUUAUAUUAAUUGUCAAUUGUCUCUCUUUCUUUAGGGGUGAACUUUAAAGAUCUUAAAUCACCUUUAAAGGAUCUUUGGAAAACCUGUGAACUAUGUUUGGAAAGAAUAGGCAUUCUUAUGCUGUGCAGAUAAAUGCAUAAGGCUCUGCUUCUUAAAUGGACUUCUUUACUACUAUUAAAGAUAACAACUCUUGUAAUGUAAGGGAAGCUAGGACCAGUCCUUCCACCAGGCUAACAGAUUCAUUUUCUGUUAACUCCAAGAACUCUUGGAAUUGGAAGGCAAAGCAGAGUGAUAGGUUCAAGACUGAUAACUAGCAUCAGUCCAGCUGUUUCAUAGGAUACAAAAAAAAUCCUGCAUGCAGAAGCAAAAGAAAAAGUUGAGGUGGGUGUUUGUGCACAAUAUGCCUUUUUAUUAUGCAAGGAAGCAAUGCUUAUGUGGCCGUCUGCUGUUGCGAGAAUAAUUUAAUUGGUCUUCUACUUCUGAAAAAGGACAUAACUGAAAAUAGCCCGCAAUUGUAACAUCUCAAUCUAAUAAACUAAUGAACUUGGAUCUUGCUUUUCUUCUCUUUUUUUACUAUUACACUCAUAAUACAAUUUGUCCUGCUGGAUGAGGACUCUCCUCAAGCAUCUGUUUUCAUCAGUAGCCACCCAUCUGUUUAAAAUCUCACAUUUAAGUCAGGAUACCUGUUUGUUCUUACCAUUUGGUAUUUGAAGGUGUACUGUCUCUACCCAUGGAGGAGGGAAUACUGCUACCCACCAAGCUAAUACCGUCGCCCUGCAGCUUGUACAUAUUGUCAUCUGUAAGGUUGGAUCUUCUUGCUAUUUAAUACUGGAUAGCAGUGGGCAGCGUUUCAGCAUCUUGUGCUGUGCCAGAAAUGUAUGACUCAAUACAGAAUGGUGUGUGUGUGUAUUUCUUCUUCUUUGGCAAUCACUCAUAGCCCAGUAAGAUUGUCUUCCAUGAACAUGGUCUUAACAGUGAGUCCAUAAAUGACUUUGGAGACCAAUUCUGGAUCCACAAGUCCUUCCACAGUGUCAGACAUAGGUUUCCAGGUGGGAGUUGAUCACGGUGAGAGUUUCCCAAACAUGCCUUCCUCUUAGCACGUUUCUCCCUUUCAUCCUGAGUUCAAGCGUCUUCAAAGUCCAUGACACCUUUCAUAAAGGCUGUUCUCCAACUGGAGCACUCGCAGGCAAGUGUUUCCCAGUUGUCAGUGUUUAUACUACAUCUUUUUAGCUUUGCCUUGAGAGAGUCUUUAAACCUCUCUUGUUGACUACCAGCAUUAUGCUUUUCAUUUUAAAGUUCAGAAUAGAGUAGUUGCUUUGGAAGACAAUAAUCAGGCAUCUGCACAACAUGACCAGUCCAACGAAGUUGAUGUGUUAAAAUCAUUGCUUCGAUACUGGUGAUCUUUGCUUCUUCCAGUACACUGGCAUUAGUUUGCCUGUCUUCCCACGUGAUGUGUAAAAAAAAUUGUAGUCCCCAGUGAUUCUGAUGGCGUUUUUAAGUGGUCCAUGUUUCACAAGCAUACAAUAAAGAUGGUAGUACAAUAGCUUUGCAAACCAGCAUUUUGGUUUCCCUGCAAAUGUCCCAGUGUGGAUGUGCAAAAUAAAAUGGAGCAUAAAAUUGUAUGCAAGUAUAGAUCUGAAAUUGUUGUUUAUGGUGAACACUUUUCUAUUUAUUUUUAACUUUUCUUUCUUUUAUUCUCUUUUUUCCCCUUCUUCUUUUUGAAUAUUGCUUUACAGAUGUAUAAAUAAUUAUGUUCAUGUGUAUAUGUAUGAAAUUUGUUUCUUUAUUUCUUAUUUGAUAUUCUUUAUUUUGUAUUUAAUAAAAUUUAAUUUUU